GUGUCACUGCACAGAGAUAACACCACCACCAUGAUGGCAUCAGGCUAUUUUUGAGGGCUUAUUUGUCCCCUUACAUAAAUGGCUCUAAACUUGUUUGUCCCAAGCUGGUUGGGGGAAGCACCUUUGAUCAGUAGGUGUUUUGUGACCAAAGUGAUUUUGGGUCCAAAGCUCAACUUGCUGCACACAAUAGGGGAUAAAAGGCUGUGUGUGUGAGAAAGAGAGAGAGCUUGGGGAGGUGUAGUGUGGUUUAGUUUCAGCGCAGAUCAAAACGGUCACUGGCUGAAUGGCAGCUGGCAUGGACCUCCUUCACCACUCAGGGAUCCAAGCCACCCACUACCUCCAAGCAAGUUACCCGGGGUCCAAAGACUGGUUCCUCUUUGUCUCCUUUGCCGCUGACCUCCGAAACACCUUCUUCGUCCUCUUCCCUAUCUGGUUCCACCUCUGUGAAGCCGUGGGCAUCAAACUCAUCUGGGUGGCUGUGAUUGGCGACUGGCUGAACCUUGUCUUCAAGUGGAUCUUAUUUGGACAGAGACCCUACUGGUGGGUGCACGAGACUGGUUUUUACCACAACACCUCCGCCCCUUCCAUCCAGCAGUUCCCCGUGACCUGUGAGACCGGCCCAGGAAGCCCCUCUGGACAUGCAAUGGGUUCCGCUGGCGUGUACUAUGUGACCAUCACAGCCAUCCUCUCCAUUGCCCUGGGGAACAAACCACCAUCCUGGAAACAUCGCUUCCUGCAGGCAGUGCUGUGGGCUGCAUUCUGGGCCAUCCAAGCCUGCGUCUGCCUCUCUCGUGUCUUCCUCGCUGCCCAUUUCCCUCACCAAGUCAUUGCAGGCGUCAUUUCAGGCAUGUUGGUCGCUGCAUCUUUCCAGCGUAUACACUCCAUCUACAAUGCCACCCUGCAGAGAUACAUGGCCACGACACUCUUCCUCUUCUCCUUUGCCUUGGGUUUCUACCUGCUGCUCAAGAUUCUGGGUGUGGACCUCCUGUGGACCUUGGAGAAGGCCAAGAGGUGGUGUGAGAACCCAGAGUGGGUCCACCUUGACACCACGCCUUUUGCUGGCCUCUUACGCAACUUGGGCAUCCUCUUUGGACUAGGCCUGGCACUCAACUCCCCAAUGUACCUGGAGAGCUGCAGAGGGAAGCAAGGGCAGCGGCGGAGUUUUCGGCUGAGCUGCAUGGCUGCUUCGCUCCUGAUCUUGCAUCUUUUUGACUCUUUCAAGCCUCCGGCCAAGGUGGAGCUGCUUUUCUACCUGCUAUCUUUCUGCAAGAGCGCUGCUGUGCCCCUGGCAGCAGCUGCCCUCAUCCCGUACUGUGUCUCCCAGGUGUUCAGCCAGAAGAAGAAGAAAGCUGUGUAGCCAGGGGACACUGGGCUCUCCCAGCAAGGGAAGACUGGCUUGAGGGCAGGACCUCUCAGGCCAAAGGAUGAGGUUCUCCUCUCGUUCAGGGCCUCACAGGAUUCAGGGUGAGGCUGGUCUGUGUCUCCUAAUCAGUCCAAGAAGCGGAGCUUUUGCCUGCCCUUCACAACAAGCGAGGUUGCCAGGUCCCCCCUGGUCACUGCUGGGGGGAGUAGGGUUUCCAGCUGUAGGCUGGGAAACUCCUUGAGAUCUGGGGCUAGAGCCUCAGUGGGGGUAUAGUGCCAUAGAUUCCAUGCUUGAAAGCAUACAUUUUCUCCAGGGGAACUAUCUCUGUAGUCUGGAAAUGAGUUAUGAUUUCAGGAGAUCCCCAGGACCCACCUGCAGGCUAGCCUGCCUAUAGGAUCUGGAGAGCUAUACCUGUGCUCUGGGUUUGCUCCAUAGCAGUCAGUUGCCCACCUCAUUCUCCCAGUGGAAGCAAUGGGGCUCUUUGUUUGAGGGCCUGCUGGGACCUUACAACUGGGGUGAGAGGCUUGUCUUCUGAGCCACGUCCUGUCUUCUGGAAGGUUCCACACUGGGGCAGUAAGGACAUGAUGCUUCUUGGCCAUCACCCAUGCAGCCACAAUUCUUUCCAGUAUUGCUCAUCUCUCUGGGGGGCACCUCUUGGAUACAAAUAGGCUGUGACCACCUGGCCUAUCCUUGCAAGGUGGCUGACACUGCGAAGGCCCAGGAUUUGCCCACAAGCCAGAACUGGUUGGUUUUCAUCUUUAAUACCCUUUACAGCUGGGUAUUUGUAAAUGUAAAUGUGUAAAAUAUCUAUGUGUAAAUGUGUAAAAUAUCAGUGUAGAAGUACAGAAAUAUGGUGUGCCUCUGCGCACCAUAUUUCUAUACUUUUACAUAGAUUUUUUUUUUAUGAAUAAAGCAUGGUCUGUUCUGUUAAACGGUCAGUUUUCUUUUGAAACCUUUCUAAAUUAUUAAACGCUGUGUUUAUUUUAAAAGUU